GCAAUGUUCCUCUAAUAAAUUGACCAAUCACAUGAAACCUUUCAUCCUAUGACGAAAAAUGUAUGUAACCUCUCAUAUGGAGGAAUAGUUGGCGCCGUUUGGAUUUGGUCUUUGUUGACAUAAAUAUAUUGUAUUGUUUUGGUACACUUAAGCAAAAUGCAACAAUGACGAGCGUUGCAGGGAAAAAAGUGGUGUAUCCUUCUGGAUGUAAGGAGGUCAAUGAAGAAAUAGGAAAAGAUGAAUUAGUUCGGAGACUAAAGCUCCUUGCCAGGGCUUUUCAAGACAUGGGUCAAGAUGACAAUGAACAAUACAGUGGCUUAGCUUUGUAUUUGGCCACAGACUAUUUCAUGGACCAUCAGAGUAAAGAUGUUCGGUUACUGGUUGCUUGUUGUAUAGCUGAUGUUUUUCGCAUCUUUGCACCUGAUGCUCCUUACACAGAAGCUGCUCAGCUGAAGGAGAUAUUCAUGUUCCUCAUUAAGCAGUUAAGAGGUUUGGAAGAGCCAGAUGCACCAUCCUUCAAAAGAUAUUUUUAUUUGCUAGAGAAUUUGGCAUGGGUUAAGUCAUUCAAUAUUUGUAUUGAACUGGAGGACAGCCAAGAGAUAUUUUGCAGCCUUUUCCAGUUAAUGUUUUCUAUAAUCAGUGAAAAGCACUCCAACAAAGUGAGAAACUUUAUCCUGGACAUGAUGGCCCCACUGAUCACAGAGGCUGAUGCUGUCUCCCAAGAACUACUGGAUAUCAUCCUCAUCAACAUCAUUGAACCUUACAAAACACAGAAGAGGGUAGCAUAUCAGCUAGCCAAAGAUUUGUUGAUACGAACCAGCAAUGCAAUAGAACCUUUCAUCCAAACAUUCUUCAACAAUGCUUUAAUGCUGGGAAAAUCCUCAGAAAGUGAAGUCUCUGACAGACUGUAUGAUUUGAUUUAUGAACUCAAUCAAAUUUCUCCAAAUGUCUUGCUCUCUGUGUUGCCACAACUAGAGUUUAAAUUAAAGAGCAAUGUGGAGUCUGAGAGGAAAAAAGUAACAAAACUGCUCGCAAAGAUGUUUUCAGACCCUGGGUCAACACUUGCUGAUCAGAAUAGAGCUCUUUGGAAUUGUUUUCUUGGAAGAUUUAACGACAUCAGCAUUCUGGUUCGACAGUGCUGUGUUUCACACUCUCAGUUUCUGUUGCAACAUCAUCCCGAGUUAUUCAAAGACAUCGUAGAGCAGCUCAAAGUUCGUCAGCAUGACCCUGAAGAAACCGUUAGAAUGGAAGUUGUCAAUGUUAUUUUGACUCUUGCAAAAAAUGACUUUUCAGUGUGCACCGAAGAAUUGUUAAGUUUUAUUAAAGAAAGAACAUUAGACAAGAAGUUUCAAAUUCGACAAGCUGCACUCUUAGGUCUUGGACAGUUGUACAAAAGAUUUGCCUUAAUAGAGGAGUAUAAUAAGGCAAAUGUGGACAAAAUAGCUUGGGUGAAAGAUAAAGUAUUUCAUGCAUACUACCAGAGUAAUAAUGAAGACAGACUAUUAGUUGAGCGUGUAUUUAACACAUGCUUGGUUCAGUAUAACGCUGAGGUCUCCGAAAGAAUGAAAAGAUUGUAUUUAUUGUAUGCAACAAUAGAUGAUCAUGCUGUCAGGGCAUUCCAUGAAAUGUUGAAGAACAAAAAUCUUGUAAAAAUCAUGAUGUCACAGUUGGUUGAGGCUGUUGAGGUCAACUUGGAAGGAGAGAAAACCAUUCCCCUGAACAGAAGAUUAGCAGGCAUUGCUAAAACACUGCCAGAAACCAAUAAAGCAAAUGAUCACAUGAAGAAAUUUGCCAUGCUGCUGAAGGAUGAUAAACGGAUGCGGCAAUUUGUUAAAACCUUAGUGGGUCCAGAUUGUAAUUCCCAGAAAGCUCAGGAGUUGGUGAAAGAGAUUUUAAAGAAGCUUGGGGGCCCUGGGCCAGGCCAGCAUAACUUGUUCUACAACUCCAUAAAGUCUCUGAUGGAAAGGAUAGCCCCUGUGAUGUUUGAUGCAGCAGCUAUUGAAAUGCUGGUGAAGCAUGUUGAUGAGACUGUAAGAGGACUAGGCAUCAUUACUGAUGGUAUUGAUUCUGCUUCAGAAAAGGGAGUUAGACUACUAGUGGCUUUAUCAAGUGUUUAUCCUCACUACUUUAAAACAGAAGAGACUUUUGAACUGCUGCUAUCUUUCCUAAAACAUGAUGAUGAAGCAGUUGCUGAUCUGACCAUCCAGAUUUUCAUAAAUGUUGGAAGAAGUUUACAGUCAGAACAUCCAAAUAUUUACACAGUUCUUUUGCCAAUUCUUCAAAGGUCUGCAAAACUUGGCAACCCUAAACAAAGCAAACAUGCUAUCAAGUGCAUUUCAAUUGUUUGUCAAAAGAAGGAAACCAUUCUCAAUCAAGUCUUUGAGUAUGUUAAAAAAUCUCUCACACCUGAGUCAGCCAACUUCAUCACAUCCAUUGUUGCUCUGGGACACAUUGCCAAAAUGUGCCCAACAGAAUUUGCAGUUGAUGUGAAAGCAAUCGUCUCCAAAACCAUUGUCAAAGAUCUUCUAAUGAUGGACAGGACAACAGGCCCUGAUACAACAGAAAGCUGGUACUCUGAACAUCAUGUCACAGAGGAAACAAUGGCCAAGUUACAAGCUAUGAAAAUGCUGGUGAGGUGGUUAGAGGGCCUACAAAGCAAUGCUAACAACUCAGGGACCUCCACUCUAAGACUACUUUACACCGUUAUUAUUCAUGAAGGAGACCUCAUGGAAAAGGGCAUGAUCAAUAAACCAGAGUUGGCCAGACUAAGGCUUCAGGCAGGAUGCUGUAUGCUCAAGCUAGCAGAGUACAAGUGUUACGGAGACCUCAUCACAAGGGAGCAGUUCCAAGCAUUGGCUCUGUUGAUGAAUGAUAGCUGUUACCAUGUGAGGCUUAACUUUGCCUUGAAGUUGAAUAAAGGACUGAUGACGCUCAGACUUCCACUGGAAUACAUGAGUAUAUUCACCCUGGCAGCUAAUGAUCCACUGAAAGAAAGGAGAGCCCAAAUCAAAAACUUCCUUCAUGCAAACAUAUCAAAAAGAAGGGAUUACAUCAAACAAAAUCCAUCCAUAGGGGCUCGCCUGUUCCAUUUCAUGCCUGAAUAUUCCAUACCUUACGCCAUUCAUCUCCUGGCACAUGAUCCAGAUCUUCAGUCUCAUGAGCAUUUAGAAAUCCUAAAGAAUAUCAAGGAGUGUCUGUGGUUUAUAAUUGAACCUCUCAUCAGUAAAAGUGAGGACUGCAACUACUCCUUCUUUAGAAAGAUGUUGGAAAAUAUCAAACAGUGCAAAGAUGCUCAGGAUCCAGAUGAUGAAGCAUCCAACAAAAAACUGUAUGCUGUCUGUGAUAUAGCACUAGGGCUAUUGGUGAGCAAAGCCACAAACAUCACUUUAAAAGAUUCCAACGUGGAACCAGUCCUCCCAUCCAAGUGUUUUGUCAAGCAGGCCAAGGGAUAUAUGAAUACCAAAAUUUAUGUUCCCAAAGAAUUGGUGGAAGGACACAAGAGGAAAGGUGUUCAUGACUCAAUUCUGGCACCAAGUGAACCAGAAAUUGUAGCUUGUCCAGGGCCAGUAGUUAAUCCUUUACCAUACACUCCAAGAGAAAAAUCCUCCAAACCAGCCAGACCAAAAAAAGUCAAGAAAGAACAAAGUGAAUCUGAUGACAUGGAAUCUCCAGUGAAGAGUCCUAAAGAGAAAGCAAAGAGACCUCGCUCUAAAAAAGAAAAUAUAGAUUCUCAGGAAGAAAACCAAUCCUCAGGGGGUCCAAAGAAACGUGGCCGAAAAAGUGCCAAGAAAGAGAAUGUUGCAGAGAAUAAAAAGACAGAUUCAGACUUGGAUUCUUCUAAAGAGUCUCAGGAAUUAAGUACUCAGUGUAGCUCUUCAGAUGAACAAUCGGAACAGGAACAAACGGAGAAUCUUCCAAGAAGGCCAGGACGACCUCCAAAACAAGCUAAUUCUAAUUCCUCAUCAGCCAACUCCUCGCCAAAAAGGGGCCGCAAUAGUGAUAAUAAAGUGACAAAAGUCAAACAAAUUAAUGGUGCUUCACAAAAAACUUCUAAUAUUAAAUCACCAGCAAAAAACAGUCCCAAAAAUGCUGUAGGGAAAUCACGGAAAAGAUCUGCACCCACAUCAUCCGAAGAAUCAUCACCAGUUAAAAAAACUCGAGGAGCUAGGGCAGCCGUAGUGAAGCAAGACAGCUCCGAGAGUGAACCUUCAUCACCAAUCAGUCUGGAGAGUGAAUCAUCAUCGGUCAAAAGCUCACCUCGUAAAAAAGCAACCUCAUCUACCGCAGCAUCUAGAAAAACACUAACAAGAAGUAAGAUUCAGUCAGAAUCUGAGUCUGAAGGAAAUAAAACUCCAGUGAAAGGAAGGAAGGCAACCAAACAGCUUAAAGUCGACCAGUUCAGUACCAAAGUGUCCACUCGCAAUGUAAGGAGAGCCCGGUCAUUAGCGAAUGGAACAGAUGAAGACAGCAUGGAAAUCGAGUCGCCACAGCCAGCUUCAGCAUCAAAGCGAGGAAGGGGGCGAAGAAAAUGACAAACUGUCUACUGAUCUAACAGACUCAAAAUAUUUAAGGCAGCUCUUGUUUUUAAUGCGAUGAAUCCAGUGGUUGUGUCAGGUCCUGUAUGUGUGAAAAAAAAGUUCACCUCUGACAAUUUUAUCCAUGGCAUGAAAAUCUUUAGGAUAGCUUAGUUUUGUCAUCCAUCAAGUUCUUCAUUGAGAGAAAUGAAAUGUGUUCAAAGAAUUUGAAAUAUUUUAUAUAAGAAAGAUAUCACCCACAUAGGCAGUUCCUUGUAAUUGUCAGUUUUGGGCAGCAACUUAUUUACUUCAAUGUAAGAAAUUUACCUCUGGCUGAAGUAACCAGGUCAGCUGAAACAAUUUUCUCGAUCCCACAAACUAUUAAGACUGUUGCUCUUAUCUUGGAGUAUAUGUGUUAUUUGUGAUAGUUUGAGAUUUCUGUUCAUGAACUGAUGAGAUCAUGUGAAGAAAUAUUGUAUUUUAUUUUGAUUUAUACAAUAGUAUUUAAUAUGGAAUAAAAUUUCAAAAGUUGUAAA